ACAAAGUUUGGCUUCGGCACUGCAGAGGGAGGGGGCGGCCCGGCCCGGCCCAACUCUGCCCCCGGCCGGCCCGACCCCGGCCCCGGCCCCCGGACAAACCCUUAUCUGAUUCCAGCUCCGGGUUUAAGAGUCUUGGCCCUGCCUGUCGCACAGCUCCGCUCGCCGCUCCUGCCCGCCCCGUCUGUUCAUCUGUCCCGCUGCCCCGCGAUUUAUCAGAGCAGCCACUUCACCUUCGAGCCAAGAUGACGUCGGUCGCUAAGGUCUAUUACAGUCAGACGACUCAGACAGAGAGCCGCCCCCUAGUGGCCCCAGGAAUACGCCGGAGGAGGGUCCUCACGAAAGACGGCCGGAGCAAUGUGAGAAUGGAGCACAUUGCUGACAAACGUUUCCUCUACCUCAAGGAUCUAUGGACGACCUUCAUUGACAUGCAAUGGCGCUACAAGCUUCUGCUCUUCUCUGCAACCUUUGCAGGCACGUGGUUCCUCUUUGGUGUGGUGUGGUAUCUGGUAGCUGUGGCCCAUGGGGACCUGUUGGAGCUGGGACCUCCUGCCAACCACACGCCUUGUGUGGUGCAGGUGCACACGCUCACCGGAGCCUUCCUCUUCUCCCUGGAAUCCCAGACCACCAUCGGCUAUGGCUUCCGCUACAUCAGUGAGGAAUGCCCACUGGCCAUCGUGCUUCUUAUUGCGCAGCUGGUGCUCACCACCAUUCUGGAAAUCUUCAUCACAGGUACCUUCCUUGCAAAGAUUGCCCGGCCUAAGAAGAGGGCCGAGACGAUCCGCUUCAGCCAGCAUGCCGUUGUGGCUUCCCAUAACGGGAAGCCUUGCCUUAUGAUCCGGGUUGCCAAUAUGCGGAAGAGUCUCCUCAUUGGAUGCCAGGUGACAGGCAAACUGCUUCAAACGCACCAGACAAAGGAGGGUGAGAAUAUUCGGCUCAACCAGGUCAACGUGACUUUCCAAGUAGACACAGCCUCAGACAGCCCCUUUCUCAUCCUACCCCUGACUUUCUACCACGUGGUAGAUGAGACCAGCCCCUUAAAAGAUCUCCCGCUCCGCAGUGGGGAGGGGGACUUUGAGCUGGUGCUGAUCCUGAGUGGGACAGUGGAGUCCACCAGUGCCACCUGCCAAGUUCGCACUUCCUACCUACCGGAGGAGAUCCUCUGGGGUUACGAGUUCACGCCUGCGAUCUCACUGUCAGCCAGUGGCAAAUACAUAGCUGACUUCAGCCUUUUCGACCAGGUUGUGAAAGUGGCAUCUCCCAGUGGUCUCCGCGAUAGCACCGUACGCUAUGGAGACCCCGAGAAGCUCAAGUUGGAGGAGUCAUUAAGAGAGCAAGCUGAAAAGGAAGGCAGUGCCCUUAGUGUGCGCAUCAGCAACGUCUGAUAUCCUGUUCUCUCCUCCCCAGCCCUCUGGCCUUUUCCUCUUCCAGUGCUCUGGGAAAAGGAUACAAUCUGGGUUCGCUGGAGAGACCCUGAAGCACCCACCCUCAACUUCCCCUUAGCCCGGUGGCCUGUGAGCAGUCGGGGCCUGCUGGAGCCCUUCCUUUUCCUCUCACUGUCCCCUUGUACCUUCCUCUACCACUACACCAAUGUAUAUGACUCUUAAGCCAGCUUGGGGGAAAGAGAGGGAAGAUGAGGCUGACAUGGCUUGGAAGGCCGCAGCCAUGCUUGGAGAUUCACAUUCAGAGGACCAUGUGACUGGAUGGAUAGACUCCCCCCCAAACGCCCACCACUAGAAAAUUUGAUGGCUUGAGACUGGAGCUUCCUCCUUUUCUCUUCCAUCUAGCUAAGUUCCCUGAGGCAGAACUCUCUCAGAGAGUCACUCUAUGGGCUCUGCCCUCAGAAGUACUGGGAUCUGAAAUCAGUUUUCCCUGGGCUAUCAAAUCCUGAAGAAAGAAGCCAGAGUUUGUCAUGGUGUUUUAAUUUCAGCUGGUAACUCCUGACAGAGCCUGGACUCUUGGUCACCACCUAAUUUUCCCUCUCCAGUUCUCAAGUGGAUCUUCUCAGCAAAGCCGGUUCUCUCUCAGCUUCUGUUUCUGUAGAACUGGGGUUGACUCGAGAAACACAAGCAGCCACCUUUCCUGCACCCAUCCUGGAUUCUGAGAAAUUCAAUUUUGGAAAUACUGUCUAAUACUCUGGCCCUGUCCUUUGGGCAGCUCUGUCCUGAAAAGAUAUGUUUUAGUGUUUCCUGGGAAUAGGAAGACCUUAACCAAUGCUCUCUCUCUCUCUCUCUCUCUCUCUCUCUCUCUCUCUCUCUCUCUCCCUCCCUCCCUCCCUCCCUCCCUCCCUCCCUCCCUCCCUCCCUCUCUCUCUCUCUCUCUCUCUCUCUCUCUCUCUCUCUUUCAUGGGCUGUCCUUGAAUUUACUAUGUAGACUAGGCUGGCCUUGAACUCACAGAUACCUAGCUGCCUCCGUCUCCCAUAUACUGGGAUUAAAGGCAUGAACCACUAUGCCAAGCCCCCAAUGUUCUCUUGAAUAAGUCCAUUGCACAUACCUCACGAAAAUAUCUAAAACCAUCCAGAUUACACUGUACCAGUUCCAUUGCUUCCUUUUCUCCCACCCCAGACCUUCCCUUAACUCAACCUUUUGAAGUAAGAGAGGGAAACAUGGUCAUUUGCCUUUCUUAACAUCGAUCUAUUAAAACUAGUCACAGGGCACAGAUUCCCCAGGAAAGCUGAACCCACUUCUCAGAUUUCCAGAUUGCUGUACAGAGCCUCGGGGAAUUUGUGAUGUUUUGUUAUGGUUUGGGCUGAGGCAGAACUCUGGCUGACAGCCACUAUUUUGUUCCAUCUCCUGGUGCCCUUCUGAGAAGUGCCAGCUAUUUUAUGAGGCAAUGCUGAGAGGAGAGGAACUUACAUUCUGAUCUCUGCCAUUCUGACACCUGGCAUAAAAUGAUGAAAACCAGCGCCAUCUCUCCUCUUUUCUGCCUACGGGCCAGUUCCAGGCAAAUUACAAAGACAGCUUAAGAUCACACCCAAGCCAUUCCUAGUUCUCUGGUGAGGGUUGUGGCAGGGGUCAUGGAAGGGCAUUUGAAGCACCAGGUCCUGUCCUAGUGAGCUUUGGCUCCACUUGGGUACCCAGGAAACCUCGCAAGGUAGUUUGGCAGGAAUGACGUAAGCUGUAAGGUGGACUUGACAGAUGACAAGCGACACAUCUAUACAGAAUGCAUGCCCGGAUCUCUGGGCAAAGCCUUGCAGAGAAACUCAGAAGAUCCCAAGACUGAGUGGAUCUCAACUGUGCACAGUCUUUUUACGUUGGUCUUCCCUUGAACUCAAUUAACUGUAGCCUGAAAACGAAGAGCCUUUGGUCUCUCCUUACUGUAAAGCUCACCGUUAGCCUCCAACUCUCAUCAACAACCAGAACCAGAAGAACCUGAAUGUCUGAAACAAAGAGCAGAAGGCAAGAGCCAGCUUAUGUGCUUUCAAAUACAUUCAACGCUGCGCUUACCUGAUGUGUCCAGUGUGCAAGGACCAUGUGUACUGCUGUGUGUGUGUGUGUGUGUGUGUGUGUGUGUGUGUGUGUGUGUGUGUCUUCUUAUCCUGUGGCAAUUUAUCCUCUGUCCUGUUUCUUCUUCACAUUGCUGCUUCCCUUCUGAGGGAAUGACCCUCGUCCCAGAGCCUUGCCAAGGCCCAACUCUCCUCAGAAUCUUGGAUAACAAUGUGAGAGAGCAUUUCCUGCCUUAACCCCUUUUGAACUUCCUCUACAAUCCCAGGCUUUGCUCUAAGUUGCACUUUAAAAUCAUUUAAAAAUCAUUAACAUCUGUCCUGUUAAUUCAGAAUUCAGAACGGCACCUUUCUCCAACAAGCCUUAUGUUCUGCAGAACAACUCCCACUCACAACCCUAAGUGGUUCUUUAGAUCCCAGCCCGACUCUCUGACCUGAAAUCCUUUCUCAGGAUGCAGGGCAAGCUUUACUAACAGCCACGGCUGAUGAAAAAUGGGUUCCCUGUCUGUACCAGCUAGAGACUUGGAAUGUCAGGAGAAUAACAGGUGCGCCAAUUCUAAGUGGGAUGGGAGAUUUCAGGUGAGCAAAACGACCAAUGGGGAAGGAUCUCCAGAGUGGGGAAAAAGUGAACGACGAGGCUAAGGGGCCUAGGGAGAUGAAACUCAGAGUCUUACUUACUUAUGACUGACACACAGGAGGUGGGGGGAAACUUGGGAGAUUGAGAUAUGAUAUAUGUUUAUCUAAGGAGAAAAACAGAGAUAAUAUAUACAGAGAAAUGUACAUAGAUGUACAUAUACCCAAAUAUACGGACUGUACAGAAGGAAGUAUUCAGACUUUAACAAAGGGACAAAUAUUUUGCCUUGGUUUGGGGGAGCAGGAUAGCUGGAUCUUCUGUGUUAUGGUCUGAACAACAGUGACAGUAGCUGAUGGUUUUAAGUUUGCUUGAUGGAAAAGGGAGGGCUAGACCCUGCCCUUUUCAUAAAUAAAGGAGCAUCCGUCGAGGUUUGAUGAAUUGUGCUGGCAGGACAAGAGGAAAACUAGGAGGAAAUGGGACACAGGGAUGCUCCACUCAUGGAGAAGUAGGAAAAUCUACCACUCACACAAUCCCUGGCCAACAACCUGCCGCUGAACAAGUUCUAAAACAAGCAAGCAAGGGAGCAAGUAAGCGAUCGAGCAAGCGAGCAAACAAAAGCAUCCUUCCAUUUUCCUCUCUUCUUCCACCAAGAUGGGAGCUGUAGGUCUAGGCCCCAUCAUUAAAAAUUGAGAAGCUGAAAUUUUAGUACGGGGGGGUGUGUCAAAUGCAAACACUAGAAUGCAAGCCCUAGGACUGAUGAGCUGUUGAGCUCAAGAUACUCUCAAGGCAGAGGCCCAAGCCUAUAUAGAGAAAUCCUAAAGAGGGUACUUCAUCUGUCAUCGUCUCAGCCCCGGCGUGGAGGCAGGUGAAUGCGAUGGCUACAAGGCUUCUUGAUGGAAAUGCAGAAUUCUGCUUUCCUCUUCCCCAGAGGCUGAUGCAGUUCUAUGCAAAGCUUCUGAAAUCCCUAACCUGGGCUUCACUUCAUUCUGGCUGCUCCCUACUGUUCCUCCCACUCUCUGAAACCCACACCAGCUAGCACUAUGCAGGGAUUUCCCUGAGGUCAGCAGAAAAAGAAAAGCAGUCGUAAUGUGGCUAUUAGCCAGGGACAUUGCACAUUCUCCAAGGCUUGCUACCACAAACCUUUACCCAUGCUAGCUAACCUAGUUUCUUUGCAAAAUAACACAUUACCUAUGCUGUGCAUAGCUGGGCUUGCAGGCCCAGUAUUGGCCAGUGCUACUGAAACAGAAGAAUCUAGGGAUGAUUUCUCUACACGCUGCAUUAAAGACUAAACCAGGUCAAAUGUAUUUAGAAAAAAAAAGAUGUGUGAGGCAUUUUUGGUUUAUUUUUGUCUGUUCAGAACAAACUACUAAAUAAACUGGAUGCAUCUCUUGUU